GAGAGAGACAACCAACGAUCUGGAGGGGCAAAGGAGAGGGGACAAAGGAGACUCGAGAGUCGGGACUAACCCGUCAAGAGGCUGCCAGCUGGGGCGGCACAGCAUUGGACCAUGUCUCGAUCAGCCGUGCUGGGCACCAGGCAGCUCCUCCACCAUCUCACUUCCAGCAACUUUGGCGAUCAGCGCAGGCAACGCCACCGCAUAUCCGCCUCUUCCCCUGUCGCCCCUCGCGCUUCUCCUUCCCUCUCAAGCGCCACGCCUGGAUUCUGCCCAUGGAAGACGUGCGCCGGGUGCGGGGCGAAAGUGGGCAGGAGAAUUAGAAUGGGGCAGAGGGGAUCGCGGCAGGUGGCGGGCAAUGCGGCGCGGGUGCACGUAGAGGGUGCGCAGGAGAGCGUGUCGCAAAAUCUUAUGAGCGAGAUGAUUGAGUUCUUAAAGGUGGACUUGCCUAAUCUGUUCAAUGAGAAGGGCAUCGACAAGAGCAAGUACGAUGAGAAGGUGGCGUUCAUUGACCCAAUCACUAAGUACGACAACCUGAGCGGAUACCUGCUCAACAUCCAGAUGCUGCGCUUCUUGUUCAGCCCCAUCUUUGAGCUGCGGAACAUCAAGCAGACAGGCCCUUCGGAGAUCACGACGCGGUGGUGCAUGCGGCUCUACUUCCGGCUCGUCCCCUGGGUGCCUGAGGUCGUCUUCACUGGUCGCUCCAUCAUGACCGUCAAUCCAGCCACCGGCCGCUUCAACCGCCACGUCGAUAUCUGGGACUCUAUCCAGGACAACGACUAUUUUUCCAUGGAAGGCUUGCGAGACUUCCUGAAGCAGGUCUCAAACCUCGCCCAGACCCCUCGAGGCAAGCAGAUUCCCUUCGACAUACUGAAGAGAACCGCACACUACGAGAUCCGUCGCUACCCUAGUUUCCGCGUCCUUGAGGCCUCCUCGAGCCGCAGCAUCGAAGACACGAGCAGCUUAGUGGAGCUCCGAAAGCGUGUGGAAUCGAGGUCGGAUCAGGGCGCUCCAUUGCUUCCGCUUCUUAGCUGGGUUCGUGGAGCGGAAGCCACGGCAGCGGUUCCAAGCAUACCGGUGGAGGCGGUGUUCGCACCGGAAAGCAUUUCGGACGCGUCCGUGGGCGCUGUGAGCGUCCGCGAGGUGGGCGCCUCGUGCGUCGCCGCCGUUCGAUUCAGCGGCACGCCGUCCGAAGCGUUGGUGGCGAAACUAGAGCGAGAGCUCCGGCAGGCGCUGCGGAAAGACGGCCUGGAAGCGGAAGAGGGUUACGCCGUUGCGCGGUACAGCUUUCCCGGAAGCCUGGGCUUCCUAACGAGGAACGAGGUACUGGUCUGGCUACAUGAUUACCAACUUGAUUGACUUCGCCGGUCAACUGCAUAGGUUCCGCAGUAGCCGCUCGUGCUUCUUGUAUCGUCAGAGUGGGCUUCGUUUCUGGACUCAAACCGCUACCUUUCAGAAAGCGGUUUGAAAGCUACGUUCGUCCAGUCGCUACACUUCGACGCACUUUGUACUUCAGGAAGUUAACCGAGGAGCACUGUCUCCGGCGCCCAUGUGCAUAUGGU